CGCAACAAGGCACAAUAUUACAGAUAAUCGAAACAUAAAAUCGUUGUUCUGCAAAGAAGAGAUCAGACAUGCCGGGCCUUACAAUCGGAGACACGCUCCCCAACCUCGAAAUCGAGACUACCCAUGGAAAGAUGAAGCUUCAUGACUAUGUUGGUGAUAGCUUCACCAUCAUCUUCUCUCACCCCGGUGAUUUCACCCCGGUGUGUACUACUGAGCUGGGAGCCAUGGCGGCGUAUGCUAAUCAGUUUGCUCAAAGAGGAGUCAAGCUGUUGGGACUAUCUUGUGAUGAUGUUCAGUCUCACCACGAAUGGAUCAAAGAUAUUGAAGCAUUUAAUGGAGGGCACAAGGUGAAUUAUCCAAUAGGGGCGGACCCAAAGCGGGAGAUCAUAAAGGAACUCAACAUGGUGGAUCCCGACGAGAAAGACUCCGCCGGGAACCACACUCCGUCCCGUGCUCUCCACGUAGUGGGGCCGGAUAAGAAGGUGAAGCUGAGCUUUCUGUAUCCGGCCAGCACGGGACGGAACAUGGACGAAGUGGUGAGAGCUGUGGACUCGCUGCUCACAGCUGAGGCGACGAAGAAGAAGAUUGCGACUCCAGCGAACUGGAAGAAAGGGGAGAAAGUGGUGAUUGCACCGAGUGUGGACAAUGACGAGGCUAAGAAGAUUUUUCCGCAGGGGUUUGAUUCGGCGAAGCUUCCCUCUGGGAAAGAUUAUCUGCGUUUUACGAAUGUCUGAUAAAUUUUAUCAGUAAGAUGAACUACUUUCGUUGAAGAAGUGAAGCUAGUAGUUGUGGCAUAUGUAAUUGUAAUCCUACUUAAGUUUAUUUUGUUUUGUUGGCUA